CGCAUGCGCAGUGCACGCCGCUUAACAAUUGUUUACGCGGAAACUUAACGCGAGGAGUGUGCGCGGCCGUGGUGGUGGUGGUGGCGGCCUCGCGGAUUUUCCGCGCAGAUCCCACAUCGGGUUUUUUUUUGUUGAAGCGAUAAAAAAAACCAUUAACAGAAACCCACACGGACAACAACAACAACAUCCACACGGGACGCACCGUCGCAACACGUUACAAGGCGACGAAAAUUACAAGCAGCUAGCGUUCGGACCCAACAAAAAUAACGACACACAUAUAUAUUUUUAUAUAAUAAACCUCUGAUUCUCGCCUCCGUCCGCCGCUCCACCACUUGCCAUGGGCUGCUGCGCCAGCAAAGAGGGGGAAGGUUCGCGGACUGUAAGGCAAUGGACCCCUCUCGAAAACCGAGGCUGCACUGACAUCCCAUGGCUGGUCAUCUUCUUCCUCUUCCUGGCUGGGAUGAUUUUCGUCGCGGCGUUUUCCAUCUACACGGGCGCGGCUUCGCGCCUCAUCUACGGCUACGACAGCUACGGCAAUCUGUGCGGAACCAAAAACACCCCGAUCCAGAACUUCCCCAUGUCCGGCCAGGACAUGCGGGAAAAACCGUUCGUAUUCUUCCUGGAUGCGUGCAACCUGGACCCAGUGAAGCUCAAGUUCCGCUCCAUGUCGCUGUGCGUAUCCCAGUGCCCCGAGCGGCAGCUCUCCACCAUGCAGGACGUGCGACACUUUGCCGACAACAACAGUUCUAGCCUCUGCGAUUACUCGGUGAAGCCUGCCGAUUACAAAGACAUCCUCGCGGGGAGCACUUGUCCCAAGCUGCCGGUGCCAGCCAGCAAGCCGGUGCUGCACCGCUGCGUGCCCACGAACAUCACGUGCUUCAUCAAGUUCGCCGAGACGGUGGCCGGCGUCAUCAACAGCAAUGACAUCUUCCACAAGGUGAUCAGCGGCAUCAUGAACAGCAAGGACGUCAUCAUCGGCCUCUGCUUCCUCGCGCUCGUGCUGUCCAUCAUAAUGAUGCUGGUUAUACGGUACAUCUCCACGGUGCUCGUGUGGAUCCUCACCAUCCUGCUCAUCCUGGGCUCGCUCGCGGGGACGGGCGUGCUGUGGUGGAUGUACGCCGAGUACCGCGCGUCCGGCAACACCACGCUCCCGCUGCCGCAGCUGCCCAUCGUCAAGAGCAACGAGCAGGGCCUCCUCAUCUACGCCAUCAUCGCCACCGUCUUCACGGUGAUCCUGCUGCUGAUCAUGCUGGUGCUGAGGUCCCGCGUCAAGCUGACCAUCGCGCUCUUCCACACAGCCGGCAAGGUCUUCAUCCACAUGCCUCUACUCAUGCUGCAGCCCCUGUGGACCUUCAUAGCACUGCUCAUCUUCUGGGUCUACUGGAUAGCCGUGCUGCUGCUCCUGGGAACUGCAGAGGUUCCUGCGGCACCUGGCCCGGCAGGUGACCCGUCCACCACGGACCAGGGCUUUGUGGAGUACCAGCUCGUGGGUCCCGUGCGCUACAUGUGGUGGUACCACCUGGUCGGACUCAUCUGGGUCAGCGAGUUCAUCCUCGCGUGCCAGCAGUUGGCCAUCGCCGGCAGCGUCGUCACCUACUACUUCACGAGGAACAAGAGCCAGCUGCCGAUGACGCCCAUCCUGUCGUCCAUAAAGCGGCUGCUGCUCUACCACCUGGGCACGGUCGCCAAGGGCUCCUUCAUCAUCACCCUCGUCAAAAUCCCACGCCUCGUCCUCAUGUACAUUCACCAGAAGCUCAAGGGCACGGAAAAUGCGUGCACCAACUUCAUGCUGAAGUGUUGCAUCUGCUGCCUUUGGUGUUUGGAAAAGUGUCUCAAGUACCUGAACCAGAACGCGUACACGGCCACGGCCAUCAACGGCACCAGCUUCUGCUCGUCGGCACGUGACGCGCUCACCAUCCUGGUCUCCAACGCGCUGCGCGUGGCCGCCAUCAACUGCGUCGGCGACUUCAUGCUCUUCAUGGCCAAGAUCCUGGUGGUGUGCUUCACCGGCUUUGCGGGCGCCUUCAUCCUCAACUACCAGCGCGACUACCACAUGUGGGUGGUGCCCCUGCUGCUCGUGUGCCUCUUCGCCUACCUGGUGGCGCACUGCUUCCUGUCGGUGUUCGAGAUCGUCGUGGACGUCCUCUUCCUGUGCUUCGCCGUCGACACGGAGCACAACGACGGCACGCCGGGCAGGGAGUACUACAUGGACAAGUCGCUCAUGGAGUACGUGAAGAACAGCGAGGAGGCGCUCUCCAACCUGGAGCGCAAGCGCAAGGAGGGUCGCGCCUCGGGAGACGCGGGCCGCGAGCUCAAGCCCAUGGCGGCGAGCAACGCGUGACGCGCACCGCGGGGAGAAGCCAACGUCUUCCACGCUCCGCCUCCCGAAACCUCGCCACCCCCUCCCCACCCCCUCCUCCUCCGCAGCAGCAGCAGCAGCAGCGGCCUUCAGGACCCACCGACAGCCCCUAAAUCAACUACCGUCUCCAGCCACGGAGGGCAACCACACGGACGACGUUUUGGUCGAUGCCGGGUGCUGCUUUGGUUACCGCCAAUAGUUGGCCUUUGGUUUUUAAACGAAACUACGACGACGACGACAACAACAACAAAACACGUGCGCGCGAGAGGAUUCGAAUGACGCCAGUUCACGUUCUUCCGCUCCACGCCGGGUUGCCGUGCGGUUGGCGCUUUUAAAAAUCAAAUCGACGCCAGGAGGAGCAGCUCGGACGCGCGCAUGGACUUGAUCCAAGACGAAGCAGCGGCAGAGACUUCCCGGUGGUUGGUUCCGAAUCUGCAGCAUUCAUCAGUUCGUGUGUAAUAAGAACGUUAGAGAGUUUUAGUUGUGGAACGACCAAAAAAAAAAACCCCAACGUCUUUUUCAGCCACCUUCCAGCAACACGAUGUAGUGAUUCCUAGUCGUAGCGCCAAGAGGAGCGGGGGUCGUGGGGGUCGUGGGUGCUUCUUGUGGGGCGUGCGUGUGCACGCUCGGUAGGCCCACGGGACGCUUUGGCCCGUUUUUGGGAGGAAAGCGAACAAAAGAUGGAGGAGAGAGAAAAACAAACAACGCGGUGGAGCCGUUUGUGAGCGCGGGUUUUCACGAACGGGCUCCAGUUUUAGUCGAACACCUUAGGAUUUAUAGCCUCUGAAUAAUUGUGGCGUGCAUCUUUGAAAAUGCUGCCUCCAACUUGGUGCAAGCCAACACAUGAAAUGUGCCUAGCGUGCAGGGGUGUGGGUUUUGUUUUGUUUUUUGCAAGUAAGGGGGGAGGUGAGGCGGGGAUUUUGCGGGACCGUCUUCAGCGACACGUGCGACUCACGGCUGUCGAUGAUCACGCUGAAGCCGCCUUCUCUGGCCGGUGACAGGCGGCACACGCUUUGUUUUUUUGAACAAAGAAGCCGCGUAAAAACACGUUUCGCUUGAUGCAAUUUUUACUCCCUGCUGCGAGUCGACAGGGGUUGACGGCUCGCGCGCCGGUCGGGCGGACGGCGAGGGGUGUGUAGUGUACACAGAAGCACGGGGGGGCUGGCGAGCAGCGGUCUGGGGCAGGAGCAGCACCCCACGCAGCCCGGGGGCCUUGCAUCUUCACACCGUCGUCGGCCUGAGAACCCUACGCAGACUGAUUAGAAUGAGCAGGUAGACUAAUAUAACACUAACUUUGUUUUUGUACUUUUACUUACUCUCACACUCGGUCAUAUAGGCGCGUGAAUGUGUGUAAUGGGGGGGGGGGGGGGGGGUGUGCGCUUCCCGGUUAUCACACCGACGGUAGGGUCGACGCACGAUGCUCGAGACCAAUUUGCCUUGAGCAAAGCAACUUCGGGUAGAUUCCGUGAGCGCCGCACAUCAGCUGGGGGUGUUCUCUUGCGCGGGGGGAACCGCCUGUCGCUCGGCGUGGGUCUCGAGAGAGAGGGUCACUGGCUCGAGCCCGACGUCCGCGUGUUGAGCAGCAACCCUUGUUGAAGCAAGUCGUAAUAAAUACUUUCGGUGUGACGUUCAAACGGCGUUGGUGGGAUCCAGUUGGCUCCGCGCGCGAAUCGUGUUUACCGGGGGCAGCGGCGGGCAGCGCCUUACUCGCAGUCUGCGGUAAGGCCUUGAGAUCACAGCGCUCGGCCAGCAGUUGACACAAGCCUAUCUUUCCUUCCGUGUCAAUAAAAAAAAAUGAGCUCCG